AUGUACGACGAAUAUCAGGUCAAUGCAAUCUCCGUCCUCGUGGCCUCGCAUGGCGCGAAUAUUUCCGUGCUUGGUACCAACAUUGGAACAAAAUCAACUUUCCUACGAGUGAUCCAGGUUCACUCCCACGGAAACGGUCCUCCUCCUCCUCCUCCCGCCUCUAAAUACCACUGUACCACAAACCCCCGCCUGGGUACUCAUCUCCGAGCUUCAACCUCGAAGAGCCGUGCCUCUAUGCCUUACUUCUCUCAGCGAAGCAUCUACAUCUCUCUCUCGGCCGUUGUACUGGUCUUCUUCACUGCCCUAGCACUUACUCCGCGCCCUAGCCUGAACACUCUCUCAAUCCCGUCGCCUUUCAGCCGAACUCACAACCAAUCACCCCACCAAGCCCUCCGUCAUCGCCCUCAACGGCCCCAGCAACAAGGACCUCUCUCCCACCAUGAAGAGCAGCAACAACCGACAUGGCUCUUGGCAACCAUGUCUGCUUACUUUUCACAACAGCGGCGGAAUGUCAUCCGCGCCACUUGGCAAACUCUCUAUCCCAACCCUGCCUUCGAGACUUGCUUCUUCAUAGCCAAGCCGCCGCCGCUAUGGCAAUCGCUCAUCAAGCAGGAGAACGACACCUACGGCGAUUUGAUAAUGUUGGACCACCUGGAGGAGAGCACCAAGGUUGCUAUGUUCAUCAAGCCAGUGGAGUUUUUGAAGCACUUGCUUGGGUCUGGAAAGCCAUCAUGGAAGUUCGUCUCCAAGAUCGACGAUGACAGCUUCGUUGACGCCGAGCGUUUCUACCACGAGUUCCUGCGACCGCGCAUCGAUCGCCACGCCGCCGCUGCUGAUCAGAACGGAACCCUCAUCGCCCGCCGCCUCCGCCUCGAGCACAGUGACCGCAACUUCAGCACCCCCGGCGGGCAAUUCUACACCCUGUCGUGGGACUUGGUCCGGAUUCUCGUCGAAACGCAGGCCCGGAAGCUCAUCACCAACGUCCCCGAGGAUGUCCUCGUUGGCCGCCUGCUGUAUGAUGCGGACGCCAAGUUCGAAUUUGUGGAUCUCGAUGAUACCCGCGCGUUUGAUGUGACGGAUAAUCUGACGAGACUGAGUCAGGAGCGGGAAGAUUUGGGACCCAUGGACGCCGCGGCUAUUAAUCCGCAUAAGAUGAAGGACGAUGAGACCUACCUGCGUGUGGCGGAAUUGUUUGGGAAGGACGGAUUUGUGGGACAUCCUUCUGGCGCCGUCGAAUGA